AUGGUUCAUCGGCACAGGAAGGAUUUGGCUGCGAGCCGGAGACGGGUUGAGGACGAGGGCGACGAAGAGGGAGUCCUGGAUGCGGGAGACUUGGAUGAUGAUUCGUUGAGUGAGGGGUCUAUAAUCACCGGCGAGGAUGAAGCACCUGAGGGAGACGAGAUUGUGAAUGCUGAAACGGCCUCUGCUGGCUCGCCCGAGCUGACCCAAGUCAAUGGAGCUGGAGGCAGACAUGCCAAGGAUGGGAGGGCAGCUUCGACCAACGGAAUCAAAAAGCCGCCUACGACGAAUGGCACCAGCGAUAUGGACUUGAUGCUCAAUGGGCUCCAGCUAUCAGAUCAGAAUGGAAUGGCGGAGGAGGUCAACUACGAGGAUCUAAGGGAGGAUGCUGACAUUCAAGAGAGGGAGCCGUCACUACCGGUUGUAAAGUCUACAGCACAGAUGGACCAACCUCCAGAGUUACCACAUGAACGUAGGAGGAGGGAACAUGAAGAAUACAAGAAAAAACGAGAUGCGGACCCAGCGUUUGUGCCAAAUAGAGGAGCGUUUUUUAUGCAUGAUCAUCGUCAUUCUGGUCCUGCAGCAAACGGAUUCCGGCCCUUUGGCAGAGGCCGAGGACGAGGUAGACCUGGCUUUGGAGGCCCAUAUGCACCUUCAAGUCAAAUGCAGCAACCCUGGGAGCCUACGGAUGCUCCCUGGGCUCAUGAUAUGCAUGAAGUAAUUACUGAGCCGGCACCUCGACACUAUCCUCAACCAAACUACUCAAACGGACCCUCACAUCUACACACACGAGUCCCCAUCAGCGCCUCAUCAGCAGCACCUCCAAAUCGAUCCCUUUCAACAACGAAACAUGUUGGUAAUGUGCAAAUCAGGGUCUUCAUGGAAAACAUGGACAAGCCUAUUGUGUUCCCUGCUAUCCCUUGGAAGCAAUAUACACGGCUGCCAGAUCACCGACCUCCUAUGCGCCGAGACAAGCCGGUUCGAAUCUCGAUUCCAGACCACACGCCUAGAUAUAUCUUUCCUGCGGUUGACAGGUCGUUCAUCUUCAUUCCGCGAGCUAUGCGCCCAAACCAACAAGGCUUUGGUGGACGAGGUAGGGGAGCGAGAUCUGCAUUUGGAUCUAUUGGUGGCUAUUCAAGACGUACUAGUGUUUUUGGUGGCAGUGUAUACGGUAGCCAGUACACUCCUAGUGUUGCUAUGAGCCGACGGUCAUCACUUGCUCGUGAGAUCAACAGGGAGAGUAUUAUUUCUCCAAAUGGCUCUGUCAUGUCCCGGACACAGAUGCAAAUGGACCCGUCAAGACCAGUUGUGAAGCUCCCACCAGCACUGGGUCAACAACAUAUGCCAGUGUCGGAAGGCGAACUUCAAAACGGAAAUGCAAUUGCAUCCCUCAACGACAUGCCUCAACCACAGACAUAUCCUCUUCCUCAAAAGCCUACAUUCCGCGAGAAUCGACCAAAUCCUAUUCCCAUGCACCAACCCCGACCUCAGAAAACGAUAUCUGUUGCUGAUAUCGAUUCCCCUGCAACAUUACAAUUUAACCCUCCACAACAGCAUCAACAACCAUUCCACCAGCAGGUCCCUCUCCAAGUCAACGGAAACAGCUACCCCAACGACACGAUGAUGCACUCUCGAAACCCUUCAUACCCAAGUCAGGCUUCCACUGGUACACCAUUGUCACAAAUACCCGAACGUGCUAUUCAUGCUCAACCUUUCCAACCGAAUCCUUAUCAGCAACAGCAACAGCAAUCGCAAAACUAUUAUCCACAACAACCUUACCAAGUCAUGCCUCCUCCGCAAGGAUACUACUAUCCCCCACAGCAAGGAUACAAUCCAGGAAUGGCCCCCUCGGGUGGUGCACCUCCGUUUGUUCCGGCACAACAACCGCAACAACAGCAAGCAUUCUCUCAGCCACCACCGCCACAGGCUGAUGUUGCUUCUCAAGCACCACAGAAUCUGGUGGCGCAGGAGGUUAAUGGAAUGGUGUACUAUUACGAUGCUACUCAGAUUCCAGCUGUAGCGACGUUCCCCGCGUAUCAACCACCUCCCCAAUCCUUCCCGAUGCAGCAAGUUGGCGGAGUUGUAGGAAUCGGUGGCAUGAUGACUCCCAGCCCCGACGGAUUUUAUUACCCGCAGCAACCUCAAGGAGUCGUCUACUACCCUCAGUAG